AUGAUUUCUCUUUGUCAUUCAGUGAAGUUUCAUUCAUUUGUCGCUCUCGGGGAGUCUCAGGUGGUAGAUGAAGCCAAAACAUACGACUUUGUAUUGUGUUAGAAUGAAUUGUUACAUGAUGACGGAUAUUAUUAUCAGUGUUCUUACUGAUCCUCAUGUUUUGUGCCACUUGUGAGGAAUCGGGUGGCUUCCGUACAUUUGACGAUGUCAGCAUUUGUAUCUGUUUUCUCAAUUCUAUAUUUAGUACAGUGAGUUUUAUCCACUUUCAGCAAACAAUGGUGGCACAUAAAGACAGUGUUUAUGAACAAAUUACACAGCUCUCUCAGAAGAUCUCAAAACAACAUACCGCCAGACACCCUCUGGAACACUGCAGCCCCAGUGUAAUUGUAAGGCGUCUGCGCACCAUUUCAUAUGGAAUCCUGUUAAACAAGUCUCGUACAUCAUAUUCCUGUGCUGAGAACAAUGAAAAGUGGGAUGCAUUGUCUCAGAUCUUGGCAUAUUCAUACAAAUUACAUGAGUGUCGCCAGACUACGCAAGCUAUGAGGCUCUAUGAUCUUAUAAGUGGUCUGUCAAAUGCCGGUUGGGAUAAGAACCCCACGGUGGACACCAUUUUGCUUUUCCUAGUCCAUAUGGCAGGACACGAAGUGCAAGUUUCUGCAUGUGACACCAAUCUGAAGAGAGUGCCACUCAUCUGCAAACCUGUGAAUAGGCAGACGUUGAAAAUCGCAUCGCAUAUACGUCCGAAGCCGUACGAAGAGUUUCCACCCCAUAUGUUUGAACUGACCACUGCACUGAACAUUCAGAACAAUACUACAGACUUUCUGUUCAUCCAGGAGCCGGGUAUGGGGCUGGAAGUGCUUGGAAAAUUUGGGGCACGAGCAAAAGUGAAGCAGCACCCACUAGUAGAGUUCAACUUUUGCGAUCUCACAAAGCCACGUGACCUGGUAAUACCAAAGGAAGCCUCCGCUCCGGAGCAGCAGGAUGAAGGCUACGUGUCUCCCAGUCAGGAGAACACGAUGUCUGGGAGUUGUAUGAGCACUGGAGGGGAGCCCCUAGGAGGUGAUGCAUGGGAGACGGUACUCACGAUGGGCUGGCCAGUGCCGCGGUCAUGGGCAACAAUUGGCAGUUUAGCUCCGCAAAAAGAAAAACCAUUUCUCACAGACGCAGGAAUGGAUUGCGUCCAAAAAGUCUGGAAAGUCAUAAGGGGGCAUAGUGUCAUGUAUAUGAAUAAGUCUUUGGCUGAACACGUGCUCUUGACAGAUAUAAGUCGCAAGCAGUUGAUACAGGAUCUCAAAUUCCUGCUAAUUGGAGUGCCGUCGGAAACCUUCCCGUAUGACGAGGAAGAAAAUGGAUUUGUGAUGAAGAAUGGCGUGUGUGUGCAGGGUGUGACUCCAGAAACAUUGCGCUCGUUCUGUGAGAAGUUUCUGGUCACUGGCACUUGCUGCCUGCGCCUGAGAAAGCUUGUGGAAUGCAAAUUGAUAACCGGUAAUCAUGCACAAGAAGGACUGAUGUUCCAGGCUCUGUGUGGAAAUAUACGUUCGUACCUGCACUUCUACCGCGCGGCUGUGAUGAUGUUACCAGAGGACCCAGUGCUCACACGUCUGCUACAACAGGUUGAUGGACUUCACAUUCAAAUGACAUAUUUAGGACACUUGUAUAAAGUGCACCCUAGCACAAGACAAGAUGAUGUCACGUUGCCUGAAGGAGUAAUGCUGCUGUCUUACUUGUACGAAGAAAUCUGCAAAGUGACUAGGAAAGAUGUUGCCUGCAUCCUGUAUUCUGCUAUGCAUUCAUGCUGUCAAGUAUAUUUCAGCUUCGUGCAGAAGUGGAUCUUUGAAGGAUUGUGCCAGGAUGCGUACACUGAGUUCUUCAUACAGGAGCAGCCCGACCUCAUGACCUCUCGCGAGCGAGAGUACUGGAGCCGUGGCUAUUACAUGAUCAAAGAAGCUGUGCCAGGAUUCUUGCAAGGCUUAGACGUUGCCAUCUUCCAGUGUGGGAAGGCUCUAAACCUUCUGAAACUAUGCAACCCCCAGGACGCGUUGUGCGUGGUACUACAGAGUGGUUACCCGGCUGUACGAUGCUGUCUGCACACUGAAGAUCUUCAGCAGCUGGAAGCAGAAUGUCUGAGUUACGAACGCGGAGCGCUGGCUGCAUGUGGAGAACCACUUGAAUUGCACCAUUAUUUCCAGUCCAUGAAGGAGGAAGAACAUGCGUUUGAGCAAACCGUUCAGACUGCCCACCAGGCCUCGCUCCAGAGGCUCAAAUUGGAGCAUGACAUGAAGGCCUCUAAGGUGCUCAAGGAGAAAAAUGCGCAGUUCGCUAUACUGAAAGAGCAGAUGGAGAUGGCAGAGGCACGUAAAGCAGAUGAGAGAAAGCAGCGCUUACAGGAAGAUGAACGGUUUGCGCGAGAAGCAGCACAACUAGAACAAGAGACAGCUAGGAGAACAGAACUGGAGAAAGCUGAUUUGGUGCGCUAUUAUUCAGUUCUCACUGAUGUGGCAGAGAAACGCUUGCAGCAUGCGGAGUGGCGUAUUUCGCGUAUGAAACUGCAAGAAAAGAGACUGGAAGUGAAGUCUGAUGACACAGAGCCCGUGACAACCGUAUGGAGACCAAAUAACAACAAUGACCUUGAAGAUAUCAACAGCAACCUGCCUGUGUUUAACAUAAUGCACCUUGAAGAGACAACAAACACCUGUGUCAACACUCAGCACAGUCCUGAAGCAACGAACACGGCCAGGAAGAUCUCUGAUGUACAGAACAACGUGGAAGAAAUCAACACAGAGUUUAAUAUAAACAACUCUGGACUUGAUACAAAGAACUCUAGUGCAUGUGUGACUCGGGGCUACGACAGCAAGGUUGACAUAUCAGCAGUCAUUGAAUCAGUGAGUCAGUCUUCUAUGAAUGAAGAUCCUCAGAUUGAUGAACAUAUCACAGAUAAUAAGAGCAGCAGGGUAUCAGAUUCUGAGUUGAAUAGGAGAGAUGUGGACAUGCAAUACGCUGAGGUGCUAAGUGUCGUUUCAGUGGAGAUCCUGAAGCCAGAAAGCUUUGCCACUGAUGAUGCAGAGGAUGCAAACAACAGUAUGUCCUUUGAAACAACCAUUUCAGAAUCAAAAACUUAUACUACACUGCCAACGAAAACCAAGUUUGUCUUGAGUACGGAGCCUGACAAAUUAAAACAAAACAAAUUUCUUGUGACUGGUGGGAGGACUGACACGACAUUCAGUUACAGACUGCAUAAGUCUCUGGAUGAUGCUCCACUUGUAAACGUUACGGACGGUCUGAUGCGCCCUGUAAAGGAUUCGACAACAUUGUCGGCAGUGGAUGUGGGCGGUGCCGACAUGUCUUCCAUUAACAUCAACUUGCAGAAGUCCAUCCUCGUUCCGCUAAAGAUUCAGAUGAGUCUAGUGAACAGCGCCAUGCUCAGGUUCUUCUUGCAAGAUCAGGGGCUCCUCUCACACCUGCACAGCCUGCGAAAUUACUUCUUUCUGUUGGAUGGAGAGUUUGGGCGGAACAUGACAAGUAUGUUGUUUGAGCGCGUGUACCAGGUGGCGUGCCCGUCGGAUCUGUUGAACUGUGUCGCGCUCAACUCCAUCCUGUCCAAAGCUCUGACACGUCCGGACCCCAACAUGGACAGGCUGAGUUUCGGUGUGAAGUAUAUUCCGCCGCACUUCUCGUAUUCUUCGCCGCUCUUGCUGGACUGCAUAGUGCUACAAUACAGGAUGGCCUGGCCCCUCAACAUCAUUUUCACUGAGACAGCUCUCCAGAAGUACAACGAUAUCUUCGGGUACCUGCUAAGACUGCGCCGCAUCUCCUGGGUGCUGGAGGAGGAUUUUCAUUACCUAAAGAGAGAAGCCGAAGAUAAACCUGGCCUGCUGCGCUCCCCACAGUAUCACCGUUUGCAGCUGUAUCGCCAUGAAAUGACACAUUUUGUACGUGCGCUUCAGAACUAUGUUACUGCCACUGUGCUCCAGGCAAGCUGGGUUGAGUUCCUACAGAAGCUACAGAAUGCCUGCACUCUUGAUGAUCUCUAUAGGAUACAUGUUACCCAUGUCAAAAUGGUGCUCUUCAGGUGUCUCCUGAACAAGCAGUCACGUUCCAUACAGAAGGCUCUACUGGAUGUGCUGAAAAUGAUACUCAAGUUUCACGGACAGAUUCAUUCCCAGGCUUGGCGCCAGUCGGGCUCCUUCCAAUAUGAACAUCCCAAGUUUGAUACAAUGGUCCAGAUAUAUGGCUGCUUUCACAGCUUGGCGGUUUACACCUUCAAAUACGCCACCAAGCUUGCAAACACGGGCUACCAACCACAUCUUCUUGAUCUGUUGCAGAUGUUAAACAUGAAUGGCUUCUACCCAGAGCACUUGUAGAAUGUAUAAGCUUUCUUAUCUUUUUGUCAUCAUUUUUUAAAUGUAUUAUGAUAAAUGGUUGGGUAUAGUGAAGAUUA